AUUUUUAAUUCCAGAUUGCGCAGCGCGUCAAGAUUAUGAUGAUUAUGAUGACUUUGAUCCUGACUUUGAUCAUUCAACAACACUUAGACCGACAAAUCUUCUUCCUUGCACAUAUGAAGGAAAAAUAUAUAAAGAUUAUGAAAUUGUCUACCGUCAAUAUAAUGAAAAUAAAAGGCUAUGUGAAGGUUAUCAAUGUUUGAAUGGAAGCGUCGAUCCAUGGUCUAGGGAUUGUUUUUUUUAUGAUCGCAUAAAACGUCCAGAAGAAGUCAGAAAGUGUAAACAUGUAUUUGAAGAUGGAGAAUGUUCCCCCCAAUUGGAUUGCAGUUGUGAAUAUGAAGGAAAAACGUAUAGGCAUGGGUCGUAUAUUUCAAAAGAACCAAUUAAUGUCGCUUCAUGUCUUGAGAAGUUUUGUAUUUUUAAUGAAAUUUCGGAAAGAUAUCAACAGUGUCCUGAUUAUGUCGCUAUGAUGUCUCCAGAAGAUCUGUCAAGAUGUAAAUUAUAUUACCCAGAAGGAGAGUGUUGCCCGGUAUUAGAUUGCGAAACUGAAGAAUCAGGACGACGCAAAAUAUGCCAAAAAUAUUUUGAUUAUUGAUAUAAAUUUUUUUUGCAAUAAAAUCGAAAUUAAAAAAUAAAAGUUCUUUGUUAAAAAGUUGUCA